UACUGGGGGAAAAAGAUAAAUGGGGACAAACUAUGCAGCAGGCUGAGGCAGCCGGGGAUGUCAGGGGCGAAGAAGGGGAAAUCCAUCUCCCCCGGAGGGUGGGAGGACGACAAUCAGGUGACCGAGAGGAUGCUGUCUGCCGGCUCCAGUCCGGCCGGGACGCCAGGAAGCGACGGCAAGAUCCCCAGCAGCCCCCACCCUGCAGAGGGAGCGGAGGACAGGCCAAGCUGUUGACCAGGCUCUGCAUCCUUUUACCGAUGUUCGUGAACUGCUACAGCGUGAAGGCGGCCACCAAGUUCCUGGUGUCUGCCUUCAUCAUCAACAUCCUCUUCAUCAAGAGCUGCCAAGCUGAUCCGAUCUACAAAACAGUUGGUGACUCUGUUGUCCUGAAUCCUGGUCAGGUUUUGGAUCCCAUUAGUAGCGUAACCUGGAAACAAGAACCGGACCUCGCCUUGGAUUGGGACGGACCAAGCGUUAUUUGUUACAGAGAUUUUAAAGAUCGCUGUAGCUUGAAUAAAAAAGAUGGAAGCUUGACCAUCAGCAACCUGAAAGUAGAGGACAGCGGCAUCUACACACCUCAGAUCAACAAUAAAGUUCUCAAGAAGCUGGAACUCCAGGUUAUCGAACCGGUCCCAAAACCCACGGUGUCCGUAAAGUGCAACAAUGAGAAGACCCUCUGUAAUCUCACCUGUGAAGCCAACAUCAGCGCUGAGUUUGGACUCGUCAUUUAUAGAUGGAGAAAAGAUAGAGAGGUGGUGCUGUCCAACAACAAAGAGCUGAUUAUAACAACGGAGAACAAGGAGAGCUUCUUCAUCUGCGAGUUGGAAAACCCUGUCAGCAGCAGCUCCAGUGAUGGAGUUGAUAACCCUCUUAGCAGUGGUGAGUUACAAACAUCUGUUUUCUCUUUUAGUGCAUUGAAUAAACAUCCAUUCACGCUUUAG